AUGGCUGCCAGUUUGGUCCCAGUAACACGUCUUGCGGACUACUUUUUUGUUGCCGGACUUCACGACGACAAGCUUAUAUCAACUUACGAGGAUGCCAAAAAGGGUGAGCCUACAGGAGCCGAUGAUGUUUAUUACGAUCAGCAGAAGCAGGCUGCUGCUACAGACACAAACCCUGCCUUUCUUUCCAGCUCCCCUCCACCCCAAGCACAUGUUCGACCGCGUGGGAUGAGCUCUCCAUUAGAGUAUAAUGAUCCCAAUGAUUCAUUUUAUGACGUACUGGACCAUGUCCAGUCAGUCAUUGACACAUUCGGCAAAGACAGAGACUCUGCCCGUGAUGUGAUUGCAGUCAAAAAGGGAGCUACCCACAGAAGCGAAACUGCCCCCAUAGUAUCACGCCACAGUUCAGGUGUACGGCGUCAGUCGGCUAGACAGCGAUCUUUGCGUUACUCAAAAACAUGGCGUAGUAUAUCAGAGGCAAAUACAAAAGGUGAUACUGGUUCAACUCGACCAAGAUCUGUUUCUCUUCAUCAAAAUGCCAUAUCAUCACCAGAGCAAGAACCGGUACCAAAACCGACGGAAACAUCUAAGCCGAUAAUACCUAAUUUGCUCGAGAUCAAAUAUAUACCCAAUGUACUAUCUCGUUACCCAAAACAAGAUUAUUCAGUCAACGAACAAUUUCCAGCAUAUGUUGCAAUGUUUUGUUUCCCCAAAGAUAUAUCAUUACACUAUGGAAAAGAUCCCCCGGCAGAGCAAACUCAUUCAUUUGCAAUGACAGACGAGAAUGGAAGGUCGAUUUAUGGAACAUGCGUUGUGUUUUAUGAGCCGCUAUCUCCAAAACUAUAUGAUCCUGUGAACAAAGCAAUCCAGGAAUGGAUUCAAGUCAACAUGUCCGCAAGUACAAUAGAAUACGCCCAGCACCUUCAGGGAAAGAUCAACGACGAACAACAUCAAUUAGAAGAGCACGGAGCUAUGUUGGCUACCCUUGCUACACUUACAACCACGCCCGAAGUUCAAGCAGAACGAGAGAUUCUUGAGGAGAAAGUACGGACCUCCCAAGAGAAUUUGGCACUCUACAGCGAACUAUUGGUGCCGGUCAGAAUGGGUAUAUGUGAGGCAAAACACAUCUGGGUGCCAAAGUGUGUAGGUGUCUUGGGAGGGAUGCCAUGGAUGGAUCUCUUGGGAGAUUGGAUCCGAAUCCUUGUAGAUGCUGUAGUGGGUGUUCGUGGCCAUAAGCAUGAGAAUUCGGCAAUCAAUAUUGAGAGGGAAGUACCUCUACCUUCACCCGGUCGGUUCGAAACACGAUUGGUAAUUCAUCACCGAUCUCUCUUCUUCUCUCGUCCAGCGAUCAACCAGGUCCCAGUACUGAAGAAUUUUUCAUUAUUUCCACUAUUUCGGGCUCUAUCGCCUCAUUUGAUACUUGUGGUUAUAGAGACGCUUUUAUCUGAAGGAAAGGUACUCUUCUUGUCAAAGUGUGCAGGCAUGCUGUCAUUAGCAGCAGAGUCGUUUCGAUAUCUACUGUUUCCGUUUUACUGGCAGUUCGUAUUUAUACCUGUCCUUCCCGAAAAGCUUUUGACAUGUCUCCAAGCACCUGUACCUUACAUUAUAGGAUAUCAGGGCGAAAUUGAUGAAUUGGACGAGCACUUACCUGAUGAUGUCUGCAUUGUCAAUCUAGACACCAACACGAUGCACCAAUCCCAACCACCAAUGCCACUCCCCACACGCGCUAGACGAAAGUUACAGUCAUCUUUAGAACAAUAUGCACCUCUCCACACCAGGUUCAAAGUGCCUUACGGCGUCCCCCUACCUGUUCUUGAAACAUUUCCCAACGGUCGGCUCUUACUCAAUUGUGGGCGCUCUAAAACACAGGAUGUAUUUGUGAGCCCUGCACAGAGACGUGAUUCUGAGAGCUCAGAUGGUUAUUCUCUCAUGUCACAUCCUGCGUCUACCAACUCUAAGCCAAUUUCUGGGUUCUGGUCGAGCAACAACAGCACCCGUAGCUCCAAUGACUCUGUAACGUCGCUCCCGCUUGGUAUCGAUAUGCCGGCCCCAAGUCUUCCACAAUUCCCAAAUUUUGCAAAACUGGCCAUCACGACCCAAUCAUCUACGUCUUCGCCGGCUCCUCACAGCUCAGUCGUAUCUUCACCCCAGCUAGCACCCCAAAGAAGCACGCCGUCUCCGAGUAGAUCUUCUUUACCCACACAGGGUGUAUCUAACCCCCAGAAAGAGGCUGGGGAAGAUAACAGACGGUCGGGACCUCCUCAAUUCAAAUCUAAAAACAAUAACCAGAAUUCUAACAGUAACCAGACAAAAUAUGCCGAGAGUAUACAAGAGGGGAAUGGUAUUAGACGGUUAUCUGCACUCAUGUCAAAACCACGCGCUGUAUUUCAGCAAACCCAUCAUGAAACAAGUGAACCUCCGUCUGCUUAUGCUUCACCACAUCUAUUGGUUCCAAAGGAACUCGAGGCCUUUGGUAACUUGGAUGGGACACAACAACAAAACCAUGAAGUUUUGCGACGCGUUAAGCAUAUUGAAGGGCAUACGAUGGUUGAGAUGCUACAUCAUGAACUUUCAAAUUUCCAUGGCCACAGGUGUGUAUGUGGACAGCAGGUAGGAGAAGAAGGUAUGGGAGUUCUCCAACGUCAGCCUGUUUUCAUGUAUUGUCAAGAUUGUCAUUUGGUUACCCAUGCUGUCUGCACCAGUCAAAUAUUACACCCCUGCCUCCCGGCAUGCUUUGAUGAGGCCAAGAUCCAAGCUUCCUUUUUGCGUAUGUUCGCCUCACUCCUCUGCAACUAUCGAUCUGGAAUUGUAGAUGGCGUGCAGGAACAUGGCGGAAAUGGGUUCGCCGCCUCGUUUGCAGAGUAUUCAGUCGAUAAGAACGGGGUUCUUUUCUUCUCAAAAGACAAGUUUUUAAAGCAAUCCGAUAAAGACACACGGAUAUUCCUGUCCAAUCUAGCCAAUUCCCAAAUGUUCAAUCAAUUCAUUACCGACAGACUAGCAAAGUCUUCCAAAGAUCCUGAGAUUCUUGUGUUUGAUGAGUACAUCAAAUUGAAGCUGAACCGAUCAAAGCUAAAGUUUGUCAAAGAAAGCACACCUUUUCUUAACGAUGACUCCUAUCGUGUUUCCCAAACAGUUAGGGCUUCUUCUCCAGAUGAUAUUAGACAUGGUUGCCUAUAUACAGGAAAACGCUUCCCUAUUCAUCUACAAAUAAUGGACGAUUAA